AUGGACACCGACGAGCGACGGAAGCUGUUUCUCAAACGCAAGAUAGACUUGUUACAACAUGACAGCGAUCUCUUCAGCAAGGUCCUCAAGACUCUUCGGGACGGUAAAAGAGAGAGGAUUUCUGGCCUACUUGCCCUCGUGCGCAGUGAUGCCUCCCUUAGCGAAAUUAGGAUCCUUGUCGCUGAAAGGCUCACCGAAACAUCUCUAUCCGAGGAUUGCUCAGUAGUUGAGAAAUUGCACUCCCAGGCAGAAGAAAAAGAGAUGACAACGGCCAAGAGUCGCCACAAAGCAUUAGAUAUUGAAUGGCUGUCAGACAUACCGGUUCUUCAAGUACCGACACACCCAUGGACGAACAUCACCCACGACGAAGAUUUCGUUUUGCGAGCCAGUGCCAGUUUCAUGGGAAAGGAUGAACUGAGUUGGACAUACUUAUUACGAGCUACAGAUGGUGCCUAUCAAUUAACAGUUGCUGAUGCCGUCUCAAUUAAUUUUGAUACGGAUAAGGCACGGGUGUUGGAUACUAUAACCUGGGGUUUAUUUAAUAGCACGAUGUAA